UUUCCCUUGAAGAAAUUGGUGGGACUGGGUACCAUACAGGUACUCAAUGGGAUUGCGACAGAAGAGAUCCUAAAAUUGGGACUGUGAUUCUUGCUCAUAAGAUUGCCUGUGUCACUAAUAGAAGCCUGGAGAACCAGGAUUCCUUUCAGAUCUCCAGGGCAACAGGCCAGGUGACCAAUCAACUAGUAGGGUCAUUGUUGGAAAUGGAAAUGUUGCUAUGACAACUGAAACCUUGGUGACUGAACCAAACAGAGCUCGCUCAGUCUCCCAAGACCAUAUCAAGCAAGUCUGUAGACAUGUCUACGGAAAAGGUGACAAAGGUAGAAGAGAGUUUUCAAAGGUCCCUGGGACUUAAGAAGUUGGUUGACAGGUGGCGAAAUUCACACACUCACUGUCUGUGGCAGAUGACAUUGAGCCAGAGGAGAAACCCUUAUGCCACCCUAAGGAUGAGGGAUAUCAUGGUACAGGAGCUGGCACUGGCAAGCAAGCAACUAAUGAUGGUCCGGCAGGCUGCCCUACACCAACUGUUUGAAAAGGAGCAUCAGCAGUACCAGCAGGAACUAAAUCAGAUGGGCAAAGCUUUUUAUGUGGAGAGACUCUGAUGCCAUCCAAAACACUGUCCUUUCAUUUUCAUCAUGCCCAGUAACCUGCCCUUCUUGAGCCCCUACCACCUGGACCUUCCUUUCCAAAACACACCUGGAGCUAGUCACCUGCCCACUCACACCUCUGAAGCCCUGGUGCUAUUUGGAAAACAAUCUAUAAUAUAAAACAGUGGUAAAAACAAGAGUGACACCUUGUGGUCAGAAUGAGAUAUACAGUGUUGAUGUAAGUGUGGGGAGGGGAGGUGGAGAGAUGGACAAUGGGAGAGAAUCCUGAUUUGGUUUAACAAAUGAAGCUAGCUCUUAAACUGUUGCAAGGGUAUCCAACCCAUGGCCCAACAUGGCUAUGAAUGUAGCCCAACACAAAAUCGUAAAUUUACUUAAAACUUUUAAGAGAUUUUCCUGUGAUUACGUGUUGCAAUGUAUUUAAUGUAUGACCCAAGACAACUCUUAUUCUGGUGUGGCUGAGAUGCCAGAAGAUGGGACACCCCUGUUAAGGUUCAUACUUAGACCACUUGGCUCAUUCUUGCAGCCCUGAGUCUUAACUUAUUUCAAAAGUGCUCAUUCACUGUUGUUUAAAUAUCUAACUUCCUGGAUUUGCUCACCACCUCUCAGAUCUCACCUACACUGAUUUUUUCUGUACACUUGGACAGAUAACUCCGAAUGUAGCUAUCAACCUACAGGCACUGCAGUGCUUGAGUGUCAGGAGGCCUGGGUUUUAGGUUUUGAGCCAGGCAGUUAUUGUGGAAUGUUAGGAUAAGUCUUUCUUCUGAGCCUGAAUUCACACCUUUGCAAAAUGACAGCGUUCCAAUCUCAAAUGCCUUCAGGGAUCAGGCAGGUAAUAUAACAGAUGUAAGGAAAUUAGUUGUGGAAUUUAUAGGGACUGGAAAGAGCAGUAAGUCUAAAGUCAUUCAAAAUGUGAAGAAAACUGGAAAAGCACUGCAUAUAAGAGUCACUUUACAUUCAAAUGACAUCCCAAACCAGAGAAAUACACCCCCACCCCACCCCCGCCAUUAAAAAAUAAAAUAGAACUCCCACUUCCCACCCCUUCCCCUUUGGGAACCAUUAACUGUGGAGAGACCCCCAUUUUGCAGUCAGUUACAGUUGCCUCAGCACAUCAUCACUCUGAUGUAAUCACUCAAACGCUUUUUCCUGUUCCCUCUCGCCUUCUACACCUAAGUUGGUCAUUCGUCCUUUCACGUUGAUAUUUUCCUGCCUUCAACUUCUUGUGGCUAUGUUUUCAUGGCAAAACUCACACUUUUUCUUUCCCCUUUCCCACAAGUCUGUCUCCAUCCCUCAAUAUAUAUUUUUCAUGUCAACUCUCAGAGCUGCUCCUUCCUGCUCUCUAUACACCCUACUGAUGAGCACAGAGAAGCAGCAGGAUACAGAGGGAAGAGCACAGGUUGGAAGUCAGGUGUGGAUUCAAAGUCUAGCUUCCCCUAAUUGUUGUCACCAUUGGUAAGUUAAUUUUCUGAGCCUCAAUUUCCUCUUCUGAAACUGGGGACAAUACCCAUCUGAUAGGACAUUAAGAGGAUUAAAUAAGAUAAUGUAUGUGGAGAGCAAGCCCAGUGCUUGGCACAUGGUAAGUAUGCCCCCCUUUUCCCUCUCAGGAGAUUCCCUGUGACCCAGGCAUGUCACAGUUCCCAUGUUAGUCCCUUUAUGCAGCUCAGAUGUAAUUCUCCAUUCUAUGCCUGUCCCCAUCUCUGUCCUAUAUAUCCAUUCAUUCAUCCUCUAGCCCCCAUCAGCCGUUUCCCAAGCCCUCUUAUCUAUAGUCAAUAACUAACUACUCGUGAGGUCUUACACCAAACUAGACAUGGAGCUCACAGGCUGGUGGGAAGGCAGGCGUUGAACAAGUAAUGACAGGUAUAAGGAGCUUUAUAGGGAAUGGAACCACAUGCACGGGGCCUGGAUUCAAAGCACAAACCAGAGACAGUCUCCAGUUUCUUCUGCCUGUCCCCUGCCCUUGGUUCCCAGCAGGUCCAUCUUGCCUUCACUUCUUUUCAUCAUCUCUCAAAUCUCUCCCAGCUGCCCUCUGCCUCCUACAUAUGUGCAACAUAGCCUGGCGUUAGGAGAAGAGGCUUUAACACAACAUGUCCAGGUUUGAAUCUUGGCUCUGUCACUGCCUGUGUGGCUUUAAGUAAGCUGCUUUAACUUUCUGGGUCACAGAAGUAAUGCCUAUCUUUUCGGGUUGCUUGUAUAGAUUAAAUAAAGCGUUUAGCAGAGGGGUGGUACACACUGUCCAAUAAAUGGUAACCCAAAAUGACAUUUUCCUGUUGAAAGGGACCAAAGUUUUGCCAUUCAAAAUGUGUCUUGGGAUAUUGACUAUAAGCUGAUCAUUAUGAAACAAAAGACUCAGAAAGAACCUUUGACCCUCCCCCUUUCCUAUCUAAGAGAUUUGGAUGGAAGAGCUGCUCUCAGAAGGAAAUCUUAGCAUAUGCACCUUAGUAUUAGAUAGGAAGGAUCCAGAGGCCUGUUGACUAGAUUCCCCUGUGUAAAAUCAGUAUCCCAGUGUGUCCACUCUUCUCACCUACCUGUAAAUUGCCUGUUUUUCCCACAUGAAAUCCCAGACCCCUGCUCCCUUUUCUCCUUUAUCCAGAAUGUCAUAUAAGCCUCAACUGCCCAAUGUGUUUCUGAUCUCAUUCUUAUGGCACCCCCGCAC